ACUGUUGGUCGUCAGUCAACUGUCGUCAGCUGUUUUAAACGCCUCCCAUCUAAACAAAGUAAUGUCCAACGUAUUUAUUUGUGAAAGUAACUGAAUGAUCAUGGACUCCGAAUCAAUGAACAGUGCGGGUAUCAUUAUAAGCCCCAGUACCCACCAGAAAAUUAAAGCAAGGAAUGCUGCCAUGCGAUUAAAACAUGGUGUGCCACAGUUCAAAGAUGUUCUUCGAAAGCGUUUUCAUAGCCGGAUCAAGGAAAACAGAGGUCGACUCUUUGAUCGCCUGAGAGAUGUGUCUGGUUUGCAAGGCGGAAGCGUAUCUAAAAUCAUUCAACAGGAAUUGGCAAACAUUUUGGAUAAUGAGUUACUAAUGGACAGUGAUGAUGAAAUGCGCAUUAAACAAGAAAUGGAGUUCGAAGUAUUUGGACCAGAAGAGAACUGGGUUAUGCAUCAAUACGAUUUACUCAUGGCUGAUGAUAAUGCAUUGCAAGAACUCUGGGAAGAAGCGCAGCUGGUAGUAUGUCCAGUGUGUCGAAGGGGAAACCUUUCAUGUGAUGUAUUUAAUCAAUUGAUAAGUUGUGGUAACUGCCGCAUGGCAGUGCCUGCUCGGGCCUCUAUCCAAGAAAUACAAGAUCGCAUCUAUGUCAUUAUUAAUAACCAUAGUGAGACUGGAUGUCCAGAGGUCACUCACUUCUUUGUGUCGCAUGAAGAUUCUUCUCUUUAUGCACAUUGUAAUACAUGCCCCUUUUUUGACUUAACUGUUUGACGCUUCAUUCAGUCAAACAACUGUGGGGAUCAACUUUGUCAGCAAGCAAUCAAAUUUGUCAAGGUAUCAACUAAUUUUUCUGACCCUGUAAUUUUUUAAGUUGUGAUUGAUUCUAGGUGUGAAUUCAUUGGUCGUUGGACAAGGUGUGAAUCUAAUUUUGUCAUUUGAUGUUGUUUGAUCUUGCUGCCCAACGUCCAGUCAAUUGACCCUUUGCCUUAUCAGUAUCAAUUUUUUCAUCUUCACUUUUCUAUUCUCUUUUAGGUAACAUUACCGCUCUGUGAUACUAUUAAUAAUUUAUGAAAUUUAGGAGUUUUGAUAUUAAAAAUAGUACAAUUUU